AUGAAGGCGUUCUUUGACAUCGUUGACAUGGAUGGAGACGGAGUGGUCACUAAAGAGGAGUUCAUUGACCUAAGAGCGCAGCGGGCUCAAAAUGUCUUGGGAUCUUGGAGAGCUAAGGCGGUAUAUGGUAUCAUUUCCCAUUCUUAUCGAACCUGGUGGUCUAACGAAAAUACCAACUAUAAAACAUCCAUAACAUUUGAGGAAUGGUUCACCGCUCUCGAGAAGAAAAUUUAUAAUACAAAUGAGGCAUUCAACCAAAGCUCCUGGGAUUGGUUUCACACAUUUGACCUCGACUGCAAUGACAAACUAACAGUAGACGAGUAUUCCAAGUUUCUUACGAUGUUCCGCAACACAGCCCCCGUUGAAAACGUAUUUAAUGCUAUCGACCUGGACGGCAACGGAAGUAUUGACGGUGAGGAAUUCUUGAACGGAAACCAUCAUAAAUGGAAACCAUACACGAUCACCGUGGACUUUCCCAUCAUGGAAACUCGAAGAGUUCUUCUGCUAGUAGUCCUGUGGGGAGGUAUUGUUUCCUCAAAUGCUGUGAAGGAAUCCAAUAUAAAGUUUACUGAACACUGGGUUUCUAAGAUGAAGGCGCUCUUUGACCUCGUUGACAUGGAUGGAGACGGUGUGGUCACUAAGGAAGAGUUCAUUGACUUAAGAGCGCAGCGGGCUCAAAAUGUCUUGGAAUCUUGGAGAGCUAAGGCGGUAUAUGGUAUCAUUUCCCAUUCUUAUAGAACCUGGUGGUCCAACGAAAACACCAACUUUGCAACAUCCAUUACCUUUGGAGAGGUGCUCCCAGCUCUCGAGAAGGAGGUCGAUGAUUCUAGUGAGGCAGUCGACAUAAACGCUUGGGAUUGGUUCCACACAUUUGACCUGGACUGCAAUGACAAACUGACAGAAGACGAGUAUUCCAAGUUCAUUGCGGUGUUCCGCAACACAGCCCCUGUUGAAUUAGUAUUUAAAGCUACCGACUUGGACGGCAACGGUAGUAUAGAUGGUGAAGAAUUCUUGAACGGAAUGCAUCACACAUGGUAUGACGAGGCGCCUAAUCCUGGUGAAUUCUUAAUUGCCUCCAGAAAUUGA